AUGGUGUCCGCUCAAGACGCACAGAAGGCCGCUGCGAAGCUAGACUUUGCGAUCCCCGCUGGACACGAGAAUGACUAUAUUGAGCUGCUCAAGAAGACGGAUGAUGCCUGUCGAGCCGUUCUUGCUAUUGAAGACUACAAGCCCAAGCCCUACCUCGACAAGUUCCCGCGAGGGGAUGUCCACCUGCCUCAAGAAAACCCGCUCAAGGCAUGGGCGUGGAGGUGCAACGCAGGCGGUGCAGAGGGUAUCCUCAGCGGAAAGACUGUGGUCCUGAAGGAUACGGUCUGCAUGGCUGGCGUUCCUCUGCUCUUUGGGACUAACGCCUUUGAGAACUACACACCCGAUAUGGAUGCUACCGUCGUUACUCGUAUCCUCGAGAAUGGAGGACGUAUCAUCGGCAAGGCCGCAUGCGAGAACUUCUCCCACGGCGCUUCCUCCUCGUCAUCCCCCUACGGCCCCGUAGAGAAUCCCUACGCAACCGGGUUCUCCUGUGGUGGCUCAAGCUCGGGCUGCGGUGGUCUCAUCGGCUCGGGCGCGGCGGACAUGGGGAUCGGAGGGGAUCAGGGUGGAUCUAUCCGCAUUCCUGCAAGUCUCUGCGGGAUCGUCGGUCUGAAGCCCACCUUCGGUCUCGUGCCGUACACCGGUGUCCUCUCCUCAGAAGCAGCAUCGGAUCACGCUGGACCCAUGGCCCGAACAGUCCUUGACACGGCUGCUCUGCUCGAAGCUAUCGCUGGCUAUGACGGUCUGGACGAUCGUCAGCUUGGCGCACCGUCGGAUGCCAAGUACGUCGACAAGCUCCUGGCCGGUCGGGCUGGCGGUAUCAAGGGGAUGAAGAUUGGCGUUUUGCUCGAGGCGAUGGAGCUCGAAGCGCUCGCACCCAGCGUCAAGAAGGUCUUCCUCCUUGCGGUCGAGCGGCUCAAAGACCUCGGCGCUGAGGUCCAAGACGUGUCUAUCCCUUUACAUAAAGUCGCCCCUUCUCUCCUCCACGUCGUCAAUAAGUUUGGCUCGGGCGGCACCAGGCAAGGACGCCAGGUCGGCCGCCGCGGCGUCUACGUCAACGACUACUGGAACCAGCUCCUACCGUGGAACCAAGACAAGUACGACAAGGCAAAGUUCUUUGUGUCGGGGACCGCCAUGAGCAGCGAGUAUGGCUGGGCCAACUACCCGACCGCUUACGGACGCGCCAUGAACAUCGCCAGGCAGCUCAGCGACGACUUUGACAAGCAGCUCGCUAGCUUCGAUGCUAUCAUCAUGCCUACCGUCCCGCAGCCGGCUCGUCGUCACAUCCGGCCCGACUCCACCCCGUUGGAAUGGGCAAAGCAUGCCCCCGGAAUCACCGCAUAUACCGGAGCCACUAAUCUCACCGGCCAUCCUGCGCUGUCCAUCCCUAUCGGCAAAGUCCCCUGUAUGGAGGAGGACAUUCAGAGCGUAAGCGAUAGAGAAAUCAGGCUGCCGGUGGGGAUGAUGCUGGUGGGGAAGCUUUGGGAUGAGGCUACGUUGUUGAAGAUUGGGGAUGCUCUUGAGAGUAGCGGAGACUGGCAGACAGUCACGGUCUGA